AUGUCACCGGACCAAAAGCAUCGCUACAAACUGUACUAUGGGAAUGCCAGAGGACGUGCCGAACCGAUUCGUCUCGUUUUUCAUUUUCUCGGCGUCGACUUCGAGGAUUAUCGCAUGGAGCAGGGAGAGUUCACUGGAGCAUUGAAAGACAAAGCCCCAAUGAAACAAGUUCCAUUCAUCGAAAUAGACGGAGGCAAAGUCACUCUCUGCCAAACGGUUUCCAUCUGUCGUUACCUGGCCAAAUCAGUUCAUCCAGAUAGAUGGCUGGGCGGUGCCACGAAGACCGACUCGGCCAAAGUGGACAUGAUGGCUGAUGGAUUUGCGGAUCUAUUCCAGUUGGCCGCCAUGGCAAAGUAUGCUCCGGAUAGCAUCAAAGAGGGUUUUCAAAAACACUACAAGGACACGAUGCCAGGAAAGCUGGAAAUCAUGCAAGACCUGUUGAAGAAGAGCAAGGGAGACUAUUUCGUCGGAAAAUCCAUCCACUGGUGUGAUGUCUACAUCUUGGGAGUUCUUCAAUCACUUGACGAAUUUGAUGACGAGGUGUUCGAAAAGUUCCCAGAACUGCAAGCCUACUAUCUGAGAAUGCGUAAUCUGCCAGAGCUCAAGGAGUACAUUGAUGCCAACUGGCCGGAGACCAAGUAUAAGGCUUAA